AGUGUGUUGAAUUCCGGACAAUGAAGAACGCUGCGUUCACGAAUUUCUGAAACACAUGUAUCGUCCAAAUUGGGAAGAAAAUUAGAGUUUUUGAAUGUUAAGUAUGCUGCAAAAUGGAGGACAGAUGCCAAAAAAUUUGAUUAGGAAAGUUUCAUCAAGAUCAAAUUAAAUUUUUUUAAUUCUAUUGGAUGCAGUUUCUCUAAAAGCGUUGAAAAUGGAUAUAAGAAGAAAAUUGUCAUCUGGGAGUGAGAGCUUUUCAGAGGGAACUUCUAGGUUUUUCAGCUCAGUAAUUGCCAAGAAAAAUGGACUAAUGAAUGAUCUUUCAAAUAAAAUUGAAAGUGUAGGCGCCACACUGAUGAAGCGUAGUUCCAGUGGAAGUAGCCUGAGUGAUUCUGAUGGACCCACGUUACCGGAGGCGAAGGUUUACCCGCUGAACCGUAAGAUAUCAGAUGCUUUGCAGGAAAAAUACCCAAAACAAGCUUCUGUUGUUCACACCACUGUUGUUGCGGAGGUAAAUCCUAUACAGAAAAUCCAAAAGAACAGAGAGAAUGUGAAGCGGGCGGCUUCCAUGGAUAGGAAUCAGAAUGAUCGUGCUACAACCAGGUACCCACGUCAGAGCAGUUUAGCCAGCACAGGAAGUAGCGUUAACGACGACAUUUAUCAUGUUGUUGGAGUGAACAUGAGUUUUGAUGAACCUCUCUAUAGCCCAAGCAGCAAAACGCCAACACCAGAAAAAACGGGAAGCCAGGUAAUCAAGAAGGGCAAGAAGACACCACCUCCCAUUCCUCCCCCGCCCUACAAUCCAAACAAAACCGGGCGAAGAAGUUCUACAAGUUCCCCCAAAAUCUCCAGCGGCCAUUCAAGUGAUUCUGAAAAAUGUGAAAAAUAUGCAAACGGUGAUAAAAACACCUACAUUGAGAAGGAUAAGGCAAAAGCUCCAACAUUCUCUUCCACUAAACGCAGGUCCAGCACUGUGGACGAAAUGCUGUUUGAUGAUUACGUCGAACAUCAGCCCGAACCAGUUGUAGCAGAGCCUGCAGUUGUUAGUGAUCCGACGAUCAAUAAAAGAAGAACACUUUUACCGAUGGGUGAUUUAAUUUCUUUUGAUGAACCAGAAUUAGAAGACUUUCAUCCUAGACGAGUCAAUCCCAAGUCUCGAGAUAGUUUCAGAUCUGCUGAAAAAUCGUUUACAAGCAUAAGUAGUGAAGAUGGUUCAGGGGUCGAACAAGUUUUUGAAGAGUCUGAAUCUAAGGCUGACACUGAGAUAGCAAGAGACUUUGCUAACCAAGUCAGUGUGGAGUCGUCUGAGCCAGAGUAUGAAAGAAGUUCACGUCGGCUCGAUUCAAUGGGGUCGGAGAAAUCAUGGAGUUCACAGUAUAGCCUGGACAGCCAGCCAGAUGACCUCACCCUAGAGUGCAUGGGGUUCAUGAAAGCGUUUGUGUCUAAAAUAUUCAACCCAAAUGAGGACAUUCCACAAUUGGAGAAAGCCAAAUUUGGACAAUAUUGUCAGCAAGUCCCAGGGCGACAGUGGUUUGCUCGUUAUGUCAACUCACAGCGAGUGGUCUCCAAGAAAGUAGACGAGUCGAUAUUCUUCCGUCUAGUGCAGUAUUUUGCUGUCGUGCUGUUUGAGUGUAAUGAGUCAGAAGACUUCGUGCCGGCAAAGUCCCUCAUGAAUAUGUGCUUCACUUUCUAUUAUGAAGCUCACAUGGGCAAGAAGCGUUUGAAGAAUUUUCUCUACAGUUUUCUUCGAGACCAGCCGAUAUGGCAAUCUCUUAGAUUUUGGAAUGCUGCAUUUUUCGAUUCUGUGCAGAAUGAGCGAGCCAGGAAACCUGUGUGCACCAGUGAGGAUGACCAGGAGUUCCAGAAUGAUGAUAUCAGAUUCCAGGAGAAUAUCACAUUUGGACAACUAGGAAAGCAUUGUAGUUUGCAAUCCUCAUUUUUCAGCACCUUCACGAACAACAUGCGAGCCUUCGGCCUGAGUAGUGAGCUUUGUGUAGAGUUCCUGAGAAAACAGUCCACUAUUGCCAACCUUAACAAAGAACAGGUUCAAAUGUUACGAGACAAUAUCAACAAAAUGAAGGACUAGAUCAGUGAAUAGGUUUGUGAUCUUUUGGCCUUGACAUCUGUGGUGAUGAGACAGUUUGAGAAAAGUUCAAGGCGGGUCUGCUAACACAAUGGUGUUGUAACAUGCAUACACAUAUACAGUGGACUCUACUGUGGAACAUUUAUGGUAUUUCUGAACAGUGUUCACUUCAAAUAGUGUUGUUGACAUUGUACUGAAAUUAUCAAGCAAUUAUCAAGCAAUAUGUAUAAAUGUCGUUCCUUAACAUAAUAUAAGAUUGUCUUACGGCGUUGUGUUCACUUGGGUAUUAUUUGUAUGGGUACACAGCUUACAUACCAUAUUAGACAAGCAGAUGGAUGAGUCCAAUGGGAGUUUGUUACCUGUGUAUAAGUAUAAAUAUACUUUUGCAUUGUACAAAGAGAUGUAUAAUAAUUAUGUAUUAAGUAACUAUUACAUUCUUUAAGUAAUGUGCAGUAUUCUUGAUAAUAAACUCUUACGUAAGUCCGCUAAAGAGCUGGAUCGUGUACAUCAUUUAUGGAUGCUGUGUUUUGUAAACAUUGGGUUUCUUGAGAUAUAUGCUUUGGGAGCAUAUUAAGAAAUUUAUUUAAAGCAUUUAUAAAUGUGGGGCUUAAUAUUAUGUUAUUUGUACCAGAAUAGUUUGCAGUUGGCCCGGAAUUGAUUUAGUUAAGAUUAGUUACACCUAUUUAUUUAAGCUCGAUUGCAUAGAAAGCCUUGGGCUUAUUUGAAAAGCUCUCGAGUUUGAUUCCUGGAUGAUAUAAAUGAUCUAUAAAUAAUGAUAAUUAUUUUACAUUCCUUUUGUAACAUAUUGCCAAACUUAAAGUCCUGUAGUUUGUACUGCCAAAGUUUGUACACAGGGGUCAUAGAUUCUUUUCUUAUAUUAUUAUACUUUCUAAUGUACUGGUUCUUUUUAUGUUCAUGUAAAGAUAGAUGUAAAGGUAUUUUCAUAGAUAUAUAAUAUAUUGGCUUUAUGCUGCAACUUGCCUUGCACAAGUAUAAAUGGACAGACUGGAUAGCUCAGUUUCCAUCAAUGUAUAUUUUAUGUGGAUAUAUGUUUGUACAUGACAGCUGGUAUUGAUCAUGCUACUAUUACUCAUAAUGUACAUGCCAAAAUCUCUUUAAUCAUGCUACUAUUACUCAUAAUGUACAUGCCAAAAUCUCUUUAAUGUCCAAAGUCAAUGCACCCCCUCUUGCUAAAAUUUCAUGUCUGUGAAAUGAUGCCAAUAGUUGCUUUAUUUAGUUCAUACUUACGUAUUUUGUUUCAUAUACAUUCCAAAGUGUAAAAUUAGUUCUUUGCAGUAAAGGCCAAUUGUUAUGUUGAAUGCGAAUGAGUAACAUAAUGCUUGAUAAUUGUGUAAAGACAAAAGCGCAAAGAAUUUAGUGUUCUUGUUGUUUUUCUUUGUAGAUCUUUAUUGUAUUUGUUCUUAAUGUUAAAUGUGUACUUAUGGUACCUUAAAAGAUAUUAUGCAAAUGAAAAGUUUGAUACUGUGUUCAUUUAUGUAAAUGCCAAUGUUAUCCUUUUUUAAUGUGCAAUAUUGUUCUAGGGUCUUUUGCGUUGUGAAAAUGGACAAUUAUACAUAUAUUUAAAAAAGCUUAUAUAUUGUUGUUACAUUGUACCUUGUGCAUAUAUGCUAUAAAUUACUUAUAUUGCUGGCUUUACUUCAUACUGGAACUAAGUAAUGUACUUAAUUAGUGAUCUUAACACAAACAUGUUGAUGUUGUACUUAAUCAGUUAUCUGAACACCAAUAUGUUGAUAUUGUACUUAAUCAGUUAUCUGAACACCAAUAUGUUGUAGAUGUACUAAAAGAGUGAUUGUAACAACAAUAUGUUAUUGUUGUACUAAAUCAGUAAUCUCUAUACCAAUAUGUACUCUCUACAAUGUAAUUUGAUUAUUCUUUCAGCUUUCAGAAACGUAUUGUUCAACAUUUGGCAAAACUCUUAAAUGCCAAUUUAUUGAUGUACGUUAUAUGCCUCCAAAGGGCGGGAGGGGGUGAAGCAUAAAGUUCUUGCUCUUAUUUUCCUACUUUUUGGUUACCUUCUUUAACUCAACCAGUGUUUAUCUGAAUGUCUUCAAGCUUUCUGAUGAUGUUUAUUAGCAUACAUUGGGACCAAGUUCAAUUACCAGUUAAAUCUCACCAUGCACUGUCUUUGAUCAAGAUGUCCACCAUAUAUUGAUGGAUUUGAAAAUAACUUGGUUAAAAUAUGAUGUAAGAUGAAGUGUCACAUAUAACACCAGUCUCCCUACCAAAGGUCAGGCUCAUACUUAAGAGUUCAAAGGUCGAAUUAAGCCAUAAAAUAGCUUAAAUUCCCGUAUCUGCCAUAACUCUGCUGUAUGUUGAUGGAUUUUAUAACAACUUGGCACAAAUAUAUUUUCACAAGAUGAUGUCGCCUGUCACACUUAUGUCAGUACCUCAAAGGUCGAGCUCAUGCUUAGAGGUCAAAGGUCAAAUUUAUACAUAUAACAGCCCUUCUGGAAAGAUUCAUCAUUCAAUUAAAAAUACCUCUCCACUCAUGACCACUGUGAGAUGGCGAGUUGCACGUCACUAAUCUUCCUACAGAAACUUAUAUUUUAGCCAUUAAAACACAUUGUUAUUGUCCCCUACCAGUGAAACCGGCGGGGACUUAUGGCUUGCGCUCUGUGUGUUGCGAGUCUGUGACACUUUUUUGGAUAACUUUAAGUUCUUCAUAUUUUUUCAUGAAACUUGAAACAUGGGCAGAUGGCAAUAUGGAGAUUAUGCACGCCAUUUCAUUUUGUUCCUACGUCAAGAAUUUUGGUUGCUAUGGCAACUAAUAGACUAGAAAUAUUGCUGAAAAUGGUGGAGUUUCAUCGGGAGGGGACUUAAUAUGGCUUGGAAAUAGUCUUGUUGGCAUUGGAGUUUUGAGACGCAAUUAGAAUGUGGGUUAAUCCUUGUCCUGUGGACACGUGUUUCGUUUUUACUUUGAAUGUACAUGUUAACCCUUUAUACAUUUUUAGACAGUUUAUUCCGGAAUCUCUUUUGGUGCAAUUGAUUUUAUAUAAACGUUUUUAUUUUUAUGUCUAAUAUUCAAGAUUUUUUCUUUAUUUUGCCAUCUUUGGUUAUGCUUGUUCAAUUAUAGUAAUACUAUAUUAAUUUAUGUUUUGAAAUUGAUAGUUAUAAUGAAUAUAUACAGAUUGUAUUUUAUUUUUUAUUUUAUAUAUAAUUUUAUGAAAUUUUGUACCCGAACAUUCCAUUCACAAAUCAGUGGUUAUGAAUUUUAUGGUAAGCCUUUUCUGUACAAUGGCAUUGCCAUUUUUGCAGUUUUAUUUAUUCACACCCUAAAUUUGCAAAAAUUAGUUACUGUAGUUAUAAUUGUUGAUGCAAUCCUGUAUAACUUGAUUGGCAUUGUGGGAAUGAUUGAUCAAAACUUUCAUAUGAAAGCAUAGUUCAUUGUUAGCAUAGUUCACUAUAGUAAAAAAUAAAUUGCAAAGACAUU